AACCUGUCCACUUUGAGAUUUGAAAAUUAAUUGAUUUGUAAAUUUGUGAAAGCCCAUUAAGGCAUUAACAGGUCUCUCCCCAUCAUCUCAUUUCCAUUUUUUCUUUCUUUCUUUUCUUUCUCAUUCAUUCACAUUCUCCAUUUCCUUAUAAACACAUUUUCUAUCUCUCUCUCUCUCUCUCUCUCUCUCUGUGUGAUUUUGUGUUGAUUUGUUUGUUGAGAUCAGAUCACAGAUCAAAUGGGUGAUGGGAAUGCAUCACGUUACGUGAAGUUGGUAAGAGAUCAAGCCCCUGCCGAAGAUAUCACCCCUGGAGAGCUUAACCAACCCAUUCAAGUCCCUCAGUUAGCCAUCCAUAGAUGCAUUGAAUGUGGGCAACCCCUACCCGAAAGUUACCAGCCCCCUUCUGAUGAAGAUUGGACAACUGGGAUUUUUGGCUGUGCUGAAGAUACUGAAAGUUGCUGGACUGGACUGUUCUGCCCAUGUGUGUUGUUUGGGCGUAAUAUUGAAAAUUUGCAAGAAAUUCCUUGGAAGAAUGCCUGCGUUUGUCAUGGCAUGUGUGUUGAAGGUGGAGUUGCACUUGCAGCUGCAACUGCUUUAUUCCAUGGUAUUGAUCCCAAGACAUCAUUCCUCAUUUGCGAGUGCCUGUUCUUUGCUUGGUGGAUGUGUGGCAUCUACACUGGUUUGUUUCGACAGUCAUUGCAGAAGAAAUAUCAUCUCAAGAACUCACCAUGUGAUCCCUGCCUGGUGCACUGCUGCCUGCACUGGUGUGCCAUAUGUCAGGAGCACAGGGAGUUGAAGAACCAUCUAUCCGAUAAUGCCGCUGUGUCCAUGACCGUUACCAACCCUCCUCCAGUUCAAGAGAUGAAGACUGGUGAGAAUAAGGAGUCUGCAUCAUCUGCGUCAUCUUCUGGAAAUGGUGAACGCAGGGAUUUGGAAAUUCAGCCUUUGUAGGAUAUUCAAUUUACUUAUACAGAAGUCCAGCAUUCUCUCUCUCUCUCUCUCUCAUUUCUAUUUGUUUUUGUGGACCAACUUGUGCCGAGCUUUAUGUCAAAGAGCCAAGUUAUUUUUUUGGUGUUCGAAAAAUACUAUAUAUCAAGUUGACUGGCAUCCUAAGUUAGCAACAAUGUAAUACCAAGAUAUAUUUGCAAAUGAAUUUGAAAAUCAAUUAAUUGAGCCA